AUGAACCACGAGAUUCGGAAUGUGAUUCUCGGGAUUACCACGUUAUUUGUUGUCGUAUUCCCCACAGUUUUGUUGACCAUCAGCAAUCAUCACCAGGAAUCUCUUCAUCGGGGUGUCCGAUCUUUAUUCCGGUCUCCAGAAUACUCAAAAACACCGGAAUAUCUUCCAAAAUUGAGGAGGAAAGGGUCAGAAUGGAGAUUUGAGAUCGGGAAUGAUUCGUUCGGAGGAUGUGAUCAGAUUCCGGAGAACUUGAAUGAAUUCAGAUUGGGAGAAGGAUACUAUAAAAGAGUCUACGAAUAUGGAAACGUGGCCAUCAAAAAGAGUCUGCGCGAUGGCCAAGGAAUGACUGAGUGUCUGAAUAACCAUGGGGAUACUGUAGGUUAUCUUGCAUUAAAAUGCAAAGUAAAAUACGAAAGAAUCUCAUGCUUUUUAUAGGAUCGGUGCUGGAAAAGGCAGAUUGCCGGGUUUCAAAAUGAAAUUGGACUUCUUUUACAACUUCAGGGCGAUCAAAACAUCCCCAAAGUAAGUCAUCAUUUAUUUUCAGAAUCAGCUGUUCUUUUACAAAGCAAUAAGUUAACCUUUUUGCAGGUAUAUGCUUACUGUAUACCAGUGGAUACCUCCAAGGACAUAUUUGUUGUAAUGGAGAAAGCGAGGCCUCUGAAUCUGAUUGUUUACGCUGAUACCCCGUGGAAGAAACGGGUGAGGAUUGCCUCGAAUGUUGUUGAUUUCCUGAUCAGAGUUCAGCCAUUUGAGCCCUUGGACUUUCGGAUCGACCAGGUAAUCUUGGCUUGUAACGUAUGGCAAAAUGAAAUUUAAAAAAGUAUUAUUACCUUAGCAGUCAGUUAGGGCGUGUAAUGUUUAAAAUAUUUUUAGUUUCUGCUCCGGAAAGAUGACCAACCCCUGUUCACUGAUCUCGAUUCCUUUGUCAUCUCACCCGAAUGUAAGUCCUAUCAGCCUUGCAAAAGAAGGUGUUCGGGAGUAGGCGAAUAGAUUGUAAUCACAGGAAUCCUUGGAGCUCUACGAAUUAAGGAGCUUGCAAAGGACGAUAUAAACUUGCAAAGACUGAUUUAGCCUUGAUAAAGAAUUCACUCCAAAUUUGAUGAACACAAUAACAUUGUUACUCGUAUUAUCCAAAAAUUUAAUAUUUCAGAUGACGAACUCUCCUUGGCCACCAAAUUUUAUGGCCAAUUCAUCAACGGAGUAAUGAAAUCCUCGCUAAAAUCUCGGAAUACGAUCAUCUCCAAUCUCCACCACCAUUUUCUGAAUCGAUCUCUUUCCCUUCCUCUAAUCCAAACCUCGUUACAACGGCUACUUAAAGCAUAA